AUGGCGGACUUGGAGCUCAUCCGGUUGGCCGAGAUCCGCGAUGAGCGCGACGACCGCGUGGAGGCAUUGGAAGGCGCCGUCGGGGAGCUCCAAGGCUGGCGCAUGAAGGUCGACGGCAACAUUGAUGACAUCCGCUACGACCUCCGCCUCCACAUCAAGCCUCCAGCGACGCAGCCUCAGCAACCAUCGUUGACGGCGCGUCGGGAGUCGGCCGCCGCCGCGCUUCACCCUAGCGGAUCCACGGUCGACUGGCCCACCGGGCACCGCAUCGAAAUGACUACACGGGAGCGGCCCUAUGGUUCGGUCACGACUAUAGUUCCGUCCCCGGCCAAUGUUCACCGGCGCAGCCCGCCGCUGGUUCAAUCCGUCGAGCGCCAACUAAUCGGCCUCGAUUGGCCAUCCUUCUGUCGUCUGAUUCGUGAGCGCUUUUGCCGCGAUCAGCAUGAACUGCUCCGUCGCCAACACUUCCACAUCAAGCAAACGACCACGGUCCAGGACUAUGUCGAUCGUUUCGUGGACUUGGUCGAACAUCUCACAGCCUACACACCAAAUCCAGACCAUCUUUCUUACAUAACUCGCUUCAUCGACGGCCUCCGUGAUGACAUCCGGGCUAUUGUUCUCGUUCACGUCCUUCCACGCUGGAUGCUGCUUGUACUUUGGCGCUUUUGCAGGAGGAAGCCGUCGAGCCGGACAACAGGAAGGAGGUCCGCAAGGCUGACCAUUACUCCUUCCACAAGCCGUCGGCACCCAGGGGAGCUCUUCCACCACCACCUCCCCAACGUGCCACUGCUUCUACAACCCCUACUGACGACAAGAAGCCUGCGGAGGAACGCCGUCAUCCACCGCGCGCCGGGUGCUUGGAAGACAGGCCAAGAUAAGCUCAAAUUUGAGGAACCAGUGAAAGGGGUACAGCAACUUCAGAAGCAUGAAACUAAAGAUAAGCUGUUAGCUCUGAAGGAGUUUAGAAAGAAGAAUGUGUUAUGCUUCAAAUGUGGCAACAAGUGGGCCCCAGGUCACAAAUGCCCUCAACAAGUUCCACUGCAUGUGAUUGAGGAGAUCUUAGAUGCCUUGGAGGUGACAGAGGACAGUGAGGAGGUUGAUCUGGAAGAAUUGGAAGAGGAACUGUAUUGGUUGUGGGUCACUCAGUUCAUUGUUCAUCACCUGUCAGGCGUCGUACCCUCAAACUGUGUGGUCGGAUAG